AACUCCCAACAAAUGAAACGUAAAGCAACAGGACACCAUGACCCUAGGGACACAAAAUGACAUGUUUUCUUGGGAAUACACAAUGUACUUGUUUAAAGGAAUUUUUAUAGACACUGGGAUGUUUUAGAGACCUUACACGAUGGCGUAUCGUAAAGGGUUUAAUCUGAGGUCUGUGUCCUUUAUCGCGGUCGUACUUCUCAUCGCGUUUAGUGUCUAUUACUGCUCUGUUGGUACAGAUGUUGCCGACACUAAUACGGACGAUCAGUCUCCAAGUCGGGAGAAUCACGGAGGAAACCCGCUAUCCUUUACUUCAAAAGGUGGAGGCAAUCAACAUCCAAGGAGAUGGGAAUACACAAGUAAACAUGGCCCAUUUAUCUCAACAGGCGGAAACGAGCUCGAGAGGUCUCCAAGCAAAGAGAAUUUCGAAAGAAUACAAAGUGUAUUUACUCCAAAAGGAGGAGGCAACCAACCUCAAAUCGAAGAGACGUCAGCAUCAUCGUCUCUACCAAGUAAAGAGAAAUCUACAGAAAAACAGCUGUUACAAAUUACUACAACAGGUGGAGGUCGCCAGACUCCAAGUCAAGAUAAGUCUGCAGGAAAUCAAGUUCAAUUUAAUCAAAGAGACAAAUUCCAGCCACAACACGAAGACAACCAAUCCUCGAUCUAUAGACAGCGCUUUUUGGAUUUCGCCAAGGAGGAUGUUCUACACACGAAAUCUCCUACCUACUUACCCACGUUAAAGAAUCCAUGUUGGUAUGAGAACAAUACCGUCAGGCUAACUCUACGGUGUCUGCCAUACUUCAUGGUGUUGGGACAGAACAAAUGUGGGACAACCCACCUCUACUCCAGUAUUGUCAAACACCCGGAUGUCAUUCCAGCCACGGGCAAGGAACCUCAGUUCUGGGCCAGGUCCCGACAUUGUUACUGCUGCCGUAAACUGACGUAUGAGUUCCUUUGUCAUCAUGAUCGUCCGUGGAAAUUGAAGGGGUAUAUAAGAUAUUUUGACCCCAUUGCGAAGAAAAUACAAAAGUCACUAAACUCUGGAAUACAGAAGAAAAUUACGCACAGUGCUGAACUCAUCACAGGAGAGGCCACGCCAUCCAACUUGUGGGACAAUCGGUGGUGGUGGAACUACAUGGUGAACAAGGACGACACAGAACCUCCAGCUCUAACCAACGCUCAUUACAUACACCACUUCAUGCCUAAUCUUAAAAUCAUUAUUAUAUUAAGGAACCCUACGUCGAGGUUAUACUCGGACUAUUUGUAUGUAAGUCAAGGAAAAGUAUCUCCCGAAGGUUUCCACGAGGAGGUGAUCAGAGAAAUCAACUCAUUUCAAAAUUGUUCCAGAACACAUGAUAUCCGAUACUGUGUGUUCCGUAAUUCUUUUGACGAGAAAAAUGUGACUAGUAAGGCACGUCUACAGAACGGAUUCUAUGCUGUGUUUAUAGAGGAAUACAUGAAGCUAUUUCCACGUGAACAGUUUCACAUCAUAAGACUUGAGGAUUACGCCAAACACAACACCGAGGUCAUGGCAGGCAUAUUUCGCUUCCUUAAUCUACGUGACCUUGAAAAACCAAUGGUAGAGACAAAAAUAAACAGCAGCAAGUCUAAAGGACUAAAUGUUGGAAAGAUGUUACCGGAAACGGAAGCCCUAGUAACAGAAUUCUACAAACCGUACACCGAACAUUUAGCGGAUUUACUCAACGACAAACGUUUUCUCUGGCAUGACUAGAAGUGUACUCAAUUUCACAGCAAUGUAGAAUGUACACAUUGUUUUGAGAAUCUUAUCAUUAUAAAAACUGUACCAUUGGCAUUGCUAUUCAUUCAUUUUUAAUGUGUGAUUGUUAUAAACAUAUUUUUAUCGUUUUGCCUACAAUGCAUUACGUAAUAGUCAUCAACGAAACCGGUUUUGGAUUUUAUAUAAAAAUAAUUGUUUAAGUUGUAUACAUCUAAAAAUACAUAUACAUUUUGUAUGUUAUACAUGUAUAUUGAUAUUUUUACGAAUACAUAUUUUUAAUAUAUAUUGUUUAAUGUAAAUACAUAUACAUACACAGUGUUAAGUGAUCCGUGUAAUAUACAAUAAGAAAUAAUUCAUGCAUUUCAAACUGUUGAGACAGUAACAUUGGUCAUGUUUCAGUGGCACCUUGUGAGAUUAUAAAUGGUGAGCUUUUUUUUUUUUGAGCGAUAGUGGCAAUAUUUUAUCUUAUCAUGAGAUAACAAGUACAUGCAUGCUGGAAUUAAAGAAUAUUUAGAUAGCAGUAUUAAAUGUGUGGGUUUUA